CUCUCUCUGUCUCUUUCUCUUCCGGUUGCGAGCUGCCGGGGCUUAGAGGGCGGUCGCAGUGGGCACAGCGGGCGGCUCCUGGGAGGUGGCGGCGGCGGCAGAAUGUUGGCUACCAGAGUAUUUAGCCUAAUUGGCAAGCGAGCAAUUUCCACCUCGGUGUGUGUACGAGCGCACGGGAGUGUUGUGAAGAGUGAAGACUAUGCUCUCCCAGCUUAUGUUGAUCGGCGUGACUAUCCCUUGCCCGAUGUGGCCCAUGUCAAGAACCUUUCUGCUAGCCAGAAGGCCUUGAAAGAGAAGGAGAAGAACCCCUGGAGUAGCCUCUCCAUUGAUGAAAAAGUUGAAUUGUAUCGCAUUAAGUUCGAUGAAAGCUUUGCUGAAAUGAACAGGAGCACGAACGAGUGGAAGACGGUUGUGGGCGUUGCCAUGUUCUUCAUCGGCUUCACUGCUCUCGUUCUGAUGUGGGAGAAACGCUUCGUGUACGGCCCCAUCCCGCACACCUUUGAAGAGGAUUGGAUAGCCAAGCAGACCAAGAGGAUGCUCGACAUGAAGGUCAGCCCAAUCCAGGGCUUCUCUGCCAAGUGGGACUACGACAAGAACGAGUGGAAGAAAUGAGAACCCGCUGUUCACGCAGCUGAACCUCACCUUGCUCUGUCAUUUCCUUGCAGUUCAACAUAUUCACUGGAAACAGUUAUUUUGCAGUUCCAAUGCUAAUAAACGAGCAGUUGACGUGAAA